AUGGAAAGCCAAUACAAAUCAUUUAAGUCUAAAAAACAGCAAAAUGAUAAUUUCAAAAAACCAUCUAUAUCUAAUCCACAUGUUGAAACUACAGAGAACAGUUAUCUUUUGUAUUCGUCUAUUUUUUCAAGUUCAAAAAAUAAUUAUGGAGGAUUAGAACAAUAUUCUACAAUUCCCUAUACACAAAAAAAAGAAAAAUAUAAAUCAUUUAAUAAAACGAAAACAAUUUAUAAUUCAAUUCAAAAAAAAAUUUCUAAAAAAAUUUUCUGUAAUUCUUUAGAAAAUGAAAAUGAUAAAAAUCUUAAAGAGGAGCAUAUUUGGUAUGACGAUUAUAAUGCAAUCGGUUUGAUUCUCAAUAGUUCUUAUAAAAAGUUACAACUAAAACUCUUAGAUUGGAUACAUGAUAGUAUUAAAGAUGCAGCACGAGCAAAGAAACUUCGAUCAAUAAAAGGCAUUCAGGGUUGGAUUAAAAAUAUAUUUGAUGCCAGUCAGGGAUGGAUUCUCGUAUUUUUUAUAGGAUCUAUCACAUCAUGUGUAGCUUAUAUAAUAGAUGUAGUUGAAGCUAUUUUUUUUGACUGGAAGUUUGGGUAUUGCUCUGACAACUUUUGGAGUAAUAAAGUUAAAUGCUGUAAUUCCUUUGACAAUGAUCUUGUAGGUUGCAAACAAUGGAUUACAUGGGGGAAAUAUUUCAACCUUCAGGAAAAAAAGCAAUGGACUAUUGAUUAUAUAGCCUAUAUUCUAACAGCCUUAUCGUUUGCAUUAAUUUCCAGUCAAUUAACUAUGACUACACGUACAGUUUUCCCUACAUCAACAAAAAAAUCAUCAAAAAAUCCAUCUAAAAGUCCUAUAGGGAGGAAUAAAAGUAACACUAACAAUAACAAAAAAGAAAAAGUAAUAUAUAUGGCAUCAGGAAGUGGUAUUCCUGAGGUAAAAACAAUCCUUUCAGGAUUUACUAUUCAUAAAUUCCUUGGAUUUCGAACAUUAAUAGUAAAAGUUAUAGGAUUAACUCUUAGUGUUGCGUCUGGACUUAAUUUGGGUAAAGAAGGGCCAUUCGUACACAUCGCAUGUUGUAUUGGAAAUAUUACAUGCCGGUUAUUUAAUAAAUAUAAUUUUAACGAUGGAAAGAGACGUGAACUAUUAAGCGCUGCAUCUGCAGCAGGUGUAGCAGUAGCAUUUGGCGCGCCAAUUGGAGGAGUUCUAUUUAGUCUAGAAGAAGUAUCAUAUUUUUUUCCUUCAAAAACCAUGUGGAGAAGCUUUUUUUGUGCAAUGGUUGCAGCAAUAAUCUUAAAGAUUCUUAAUCCUUAUGGAACAGGAAAAGUUGUCUUAUUAGAAACCCACUAUAGUCAUGAUUGGCAUUCUUUAGAACUUUUAAUUUUUUUAUUCUUAGGCGUUUUUGGAGGAUUAUAUGGGAGUCUAUUCUGUAAAUUAAAUAUACACUGGGCAAAAACAUUUAGAAAAUUAAAUUUCAUAAAACAACAUCCAGUGUUUGAAGUUUUUAUAGUUACCCUUCUUACUGCCAUUAUUUCAUACCACAAUCCAUAUACGAAGCUAGGAGGAACUGAAUUGGUUUCCCAUUUACUUAGAGAGUGCAAUAAUAAUGAAUUAAAUGAAGGACUGUGCCCAGAAAAUAAACCUAGAAUUCCGAAGAUAACAAUACUUCUUAUUUUAGCACUAAUUAUCAAAGGAUCUUUAACAAUUGUAACAUUUGGUGCCAAAAUUCCUGCAGGAAUAUUCAUUCCAACAAUGGCAGUUGGUGCUCUAUUUGGAAGAUUUGUUGGACUAAUUGUACAAUUUUUUUAUUAUACAUAUCCUAAUGCAUACAUCUUUGCAGGAUGUCCCCCAAGUGAUCCAAAUGAAUGUAUAGUUCCGGGUGUUUAUUCUAUGGUCGGUGCAGCAGCUACUUUAGCUGGUGUGACUAGAAUGACGGUUUCAUUAGCUGUAAUUAUGUUUGAAUUGACUGGAAGUCUUUCGUACGUUAUGCCAUUUAUGUUAUCUAUUCUUGUAUCAAAAUGGGUUGCAGAUGCAUUAGAACCCCAGGGAAUAUAUGAUCUUUUAAUAGAUUUAAAUGAAUAUCCUUAUCUUGACACCAAGUCUAAAUAUACAUUUUCAUCGUGUUUAUCAGAACUUUUACCGCCCCCAAUAACAGUAUACCAUACAACAAUUGACUUAUCUUUUCGUUCUACUGUUCUUUAUACUCAACUCAGAAAUAUGUUAGAAUACAUUAAAAAAGAAGAAUAUAUUGAUGGUGGAUUUCCAAUAGUUUUUAAUAAAACUCUUGUUGGAUAUAUUGCUGCACAUGAGCUGGAACAUGCUUUAGAUACAAUUAAAUCAGUAUUCUCAAAGGAAGACCAAAAAAGUAUUGAAUGCAAAUUAAUGCCAUUUGGAAUUACGGAUUCUAUAUCAAGUUUUGAUCCUGAGUCUUACUCUUUAUUGGAUCCCACCGAUCUACGAUCAUGUGUCGAUAAUGCACCAAUAAGCUUAAGUAAAAAUGCACCGAUGGAACUUGUUUAUGAAUUAUUUUCUAAACUUGGCUUGCGAUACCUUUGUAUACUUGAUGGUGCUGAUUUUAUAGGAGUGGUAAGUAUAUGUAUUUUUUAA